AUGAAAGGCGACAACAAAAGGCAGCAGAGACAGAAGAAGCAGAAAGAUGAGGAAGUACCAGGUACCUCGGCUUCUGGUCCCCCGCGCCCUUAUCGAUAUGCGAUAAGCCCGCCUAUCUGGGGUAGCGUCGACUUCCUGACACUAGCUCCGCCUGUUGUUAGGCAUGGUGGCGGCUCUGGCAGCGAACAGGUACUGCCGUCAUCGACUUAUCGCCAGCAAAGACAUCAGCCAGCCAGGUCUCGAGACCGUUUUAAACGAAGCCCGCUGGACCCUUCCUGA